GGUGCCGCCCAGACCCUGGCUCGGGGGGGGGGCACAGCGUGCCAGGCCCACAGAAACUGCAGGGAGGAGCAUGGGGCCCUGUGGAAGCCCUGGCUCCCUCCCCCUGCCCCUUUGCUGGAAGGAAGGAAGGAAGGAAGGAAGAGCACCCUCCCUUUCACGUGCCUGCCCUUGGCUGUGGCUGCUGCAGACGGGGCGGGCGCUCCCAGCUGGCUGGGGAUGCAGGAGGGGUCAGAGCCAAAGGAAAACAGCAUGGCAGGCCCCUGGCAGACAGAGCUGCCCCCAAGGAGGGCUUACGGACCAGUUUGUUGGGUCAGGCCGGAGGCAGCAAAGCAGUGCUGGCGUGCCCUCUGAGCAUAAGCAGAGUGUCAGUCCUGGCAGUGCUCAAGUGCAGAGACUGCUCACCCCCUGGCAAGCUGCAGGAGGGCCGGCCUCGUGAGGGGGGAGAGGAAGAGGGCAGGAACACGUGUCAGCAGCAGGCGCGAUCCUGCUGCGAGGGAGGCGGGAGGGCGUGACGUGUGUGCGUGUGUUUAUCCCUGGAGCGGUCUGGGAGCUGCUCUGCGCCAGUUCAUUCUUAGCCAGCUGAGCUGUAGGGAGGGGGCCGCCACGGGGGGGAGGAGGGGCUGGCUGGGCACUGCCAGCGGGGGCUCUUCCAGCCGCACCCUUUCCUGCCUCCCUCGCUGUUCCCCACUCGAGCAGCCCCUGCAAGUGAUUUCCCACGGCUGGCCUGGCCUGGGCGCCCACAAGCCAUGUGCCUCGGCUUCUUGUGGCUCUGGGCCCCACAGGCUCCCAGGGGACACUCUGGGGGAUUCCGCUUGAAAGCACGUUGCCCCUGGCUUUUGCUGUUCUGCCCGUCUGGUGUUGGGCACUCAAGGAGCCUCUCUCUGCAGAAUAACCCCUGGAUCAUCAGGGCGGGGGACGCUGAUACUGGCUGGAAUGCCAAGGCCUGCUGGCUGGGAAUGCCCUCUAUACAGCUGUGCCCUGUGCACAAACAGGCGGGUGGUCUGAUUUCACUCAGGCCCCUUGAAAAUGCGACUUGAUAAGUUUUGGGGCUCAUUUCUUAAACUCCCAAGCGUCAUCCUGUGGCCAAGUGUCUUCCUUGUCUGCCCCCCCUCCCCGCCUGUUUUCUGUCUCGGGAAGAUGCUUCGAAGGCCUCGCGGCCGCCCUUUCUCCAGCUUCAGUCUGAAAGCGCCCCCCGCCUGCCUGUUUGCAGCUCCACAGCCUGUGGGCAAGAACAAGGAGCAGCUGUUUGCAAUUGGGAGCCCUUCCUGUGGGGGAGGGGGGUGCUGGGACCCACAAAGCUGGAAUCAUGAUCUGAGGGAGGGGUCUGACGUCUUUGCCUUUGCAAUGGCCCCCUUUACGCCCCAAAUCUCCUGGGUAUUAACUGGAGAAGCAGGAGGGCAUGGGGUAACCAGCCGGGUCUUCCCUCCAUCCGUGACUGAUGCCCCCCCUCCCCUUCCUGCUGAGAGGGGAAGGCAGCCCAGGAGCCUCCCUGGCACCCUCCCACAACCCCAGGAAGGAGUCGGUCAGCGGGAGCCACCCCCCCCAUCCAUGUGGGUCUUCCCCAGGGCUGCUUUGGGGGCAGGAAGAACAAAAGGGUCGGAGAAGCAGCAGCACGGGCAGAGAUGCCUGGCCCAUCAGGAGCAAGUGGGGCAGCCGUGCCCACCCCUGCAUUUCCAAUUCCCAUGCAGGCUGCAGAAGACCCACCUGAAGCUCCCCACCACAGCUGACCAGAGCAGCCCGCUCCCUCGCUGCUGGCCACCCAUGCAUUCCCUGGACGAGCCCCUGGACCUCAAGCUGAGUGUCUCCAAACUCCGGGCAGUGCGAGACAAGCGCGACUGGGCCCUGGGCAGCACCAAGGGCCGAACUCUGUGCCAGAUCACGGAGGACGAGGGCUACCUGGCAGCGGGCCCAGGCUCUCCCCACUCCCCUCCUGACAGCCUCCAGCCACACUCCCAAUGCCAAGACAAGAGGGACUAUCCAUUCUCCUCGCCUCCCACCGUUGACCUGAGCCUGUCUCCUUCUCCGCCAGGCCGGGACUCCCCCAGCGGCAGCACGUCCGUCUCCCCCGACAGGCAGAGCGGUGGGGAGCUGGUGAACUGCUCCAGCUUGCGUGACCUGCAGUCCCUGCGCUACAUUGACAGCCUCCGCAGCUCCUUCCAGUUCUUCCUGCCUCUGAACUCGGGGGGGUCGCUGCACCUGCCCGCCUCAGCUUUUCUGGCGCCCUCCAAGGAAAAGCGGCUCUCCUCAGAGGCAGCUGUGCAGAAGCAGCUGGUCUGCCGCUGGACAAAGUGCAACCAGCUGUUUGAUCUAUUGCAAGACCUCGUGGACCACGUCAAUGACUUCCACGUGAAGCCAGAGAAGGAUGCUGGCUACUGUUGCCAUUGGGAGGGCUGUGCCCGCCACGGCAGGGGCUUCAAUGCCAGGUACAAGAUGCUGAUCCACAUCCGCACGCACACCAACGAGAAGCCUCACCGCUGCCCCACCUGCAGCAAAAGCUUCUCCCGGUUGGAAAACCUGAAGAUCCACAACCGCUCCCACACAGGAGAGAAGCCCUACCUCUGCCCCUACGAAGGCUGCAGCAAGCGCUACUCCAACUCCAGCGACCGCUUCAAGCACACCCGCACCCACUAUGUGGACAAGCCCUACUACUGCAAGAUGCCCGGCUGCCACAAGCGCUACACUGACCCGAGUUCUCUCCGGAAGCACAUCAAGGCCCACGGGCACUUCAUCACCCACGAGCAGCAGGAGCUGCUGAAGCUGCAGCCUCCCACCAAGUCCCCCCUCACGGCGGAUGGACCUUACCUUGGCAGCGGGGCACAGGUCAUCGUCCCCACCCCGGCUGCCCUCUUUGGCACGCCCCGCCCUCCCCUCCCCCCCCCGGCUCCCCUCUCUGCCAGCCACAGCCUGCCCCUCCCGCUCCCCCAGGCCCCCCUGGAUCUCAGCACCUUAGCCUGUGGCGGGCUGGGCACGGCAGCCAUUGCAGGCCUGCCCAGCCCCGUGCUGGCCCCCUUGAACUUGGCCAAGAACCCCCUGCUGGCCUCCCCUUUCUCAGCGGGCAGCCUGGGGCUGCCAGUGGUGUCCCUGCUGGCCGGCACCUCUGCCAAGGCAACUGCUGAGCGAGGGCAGGGGAGCAGCCCCCGGCCCACCAAAGGUGGCAGCGGUGGUGGAGGCAGCAGCCGGUCCCCAGGGCUCCAGCGUUGCAAGGAGGCCAGCGAGAGGAUGGAGCUGGCCAGGCUGCGGACCACCACGGACAGCCUCUCGCUGCUCCCUGGGGGCGUCCUGGACCUGUCCGCUGGCAUGAACUCAGCGGGAACUGCUGAAGCCCUGCCCCCGGGCUGGGUGGUAAUCCCAGCUGGGUCUGUUUUCCUGAAGCAAGCGGUGGUGAACUAAGCAGAGAAAAGCGAGGGAGGGAAAGGCGAGCUUGUCCAGGGAUGCUGGCACCCGUGCCCAGCCU